ACAGGCUUGAAAACCAAGAUACACCUCCAGCAAUACAUUGCUUUGUAAAGACUUGUGCUGGAGGAUGGUCCUCCAUGGUCCUCCGGUCCAGGCUCUUCAACAUAGCAGGCAUCCAGAAAAAUCCAGAGAAUUGGAAAGCAUAACAUAGGUAUCAAGCAUUUGUUCUCCGCUCAACACCUGAAACAUGAAGAGCGGGCACACCUAUGGACAUUAUGGGCCAUCAAAUGAGGGAUGUUGUGGAAACGACAGGGGUUUCUUGAAAAAAUUAUGAAAAAUACAAUUGAAAAACAUCAACAAAACCGCCGUUUCACCACCCCACCCAAGUGAUUGGUGCCCAGAGUUGGGGUCUUUAUCACCAGCACCAGAAGGAGGCAGGAGCACAUUCUGAGCUUGGAGAUGGCCUGUCACUACACUGUACGGUUCUUCCGGCCGCUUCCGUGCAUGUCACUGCGCCGACCACGGUGCGUCCUUGUUCCGUUCGCUUUCGAAUGCCAGGAGCGCGACCUUCGUAGCGGCCCGAUCGCUCCGGACUCGUAGCGAUGGGCGGAUUGGGAGGCCAUGGCCAAGCACAAAGGCAGCGUGUUUGGAGCCUUGGGUGAAGAACCACAGCCCAGCUCGGAGCAGCUCAGGAACGAUCUGGCACUGGAAUGGUCAAGACUCUCGUCAUCGCGCUGGGUCUUCCUGGAGGACGAGGGUGCCCGGAUCGGCGAAGCAGUACUUCCCAGCUCCCUGUUCCACCGGCUGCGACAAGCCCCUUUGGUGCUGCACCUGGACGUGCCCUUCCAGCUCCGUGCCGAGCGCUCGCUGCAGCUCUACGGCGCCUUCGGUGGAGAGGCCUUAUGCGGUGCAGUGGAGCACUUCCGGCACCGCAUGGGACACCAACGCACCGACCAGCUGCAGCAACAGCUCCGUGACGGUCAGCUGCGCCCAGUCUGUGAGGAAAUCCUGCGUAACUACGACAAGGCCUACGACUAUCAUUUGAAGAGGGGGCGCAGCAGUGAUUGCAUCGUUCAGGUGGAGGUGAACUCAUCGGACUGCGCACGUGUGGCACAAGACUUGGCGUGCUUGGCCGCUGAGCGGGAGGCAGAUGCACCCGAGGCCCCGGUCACUGCGCCACAGAACCUACCAAAAGCAGAAGAGGUUCGAGAGUCCCGGUGCUUUUGCGGCGCCGUGAUCACUGAGGUCCGGGGCGACCCGGCAGCAGUGUCGAUUUGCCACUGCUCCGUUUGCAGGCGCCUGUCUGGGGCGCCCUUCGUGGCAAGUGCCAUCUUCUUGCCCCAGAGAGUCACGGUGAAGAGUGAUAAAGGAUCUGAGCCCCAACUGGUCGAGCUCAAGACCUCCAAGCAGGUCUCCCGUUUGCGUUGCGCGGUUUGCUCGGCCCCGGUGGCCGGGCGCUUGGGGCAGCGUUUCGUGGCUUUGCCCUGGGCAGGCUUCAUGAAACCAGGCGAUAAGGUACCGGAAGCGUGGACACCGUCGCACCACCUGCAUUACGACAGCCGAGUGAUGGACGUGGAGGACGACCUCAUAAAGUAUCGAGCUCGUUCCCGUGGCCCCGUGUGGGACGCGGCGGCACCUCGCGAGCAGAGCGCUGACGACCACCCCGAGAGCACCGGCGCCACGUCCCCACCGCCCGGGGCCGCGCCCGCCGCGGCGCCGGGGCCGGUGGCAUUAGUGUCUCCAAUGGCCGCACCGAUGCCAGAGGCUUGGUCCAAAGAGCUCUUGUUGACUGGCCACGCUGCCGCCGCUGGACAUGCUGUCACCUAUACCACCACCACGACCACCACCACCGCUGUGACCAUCAACGGCGCUGCUGCUAGCCCAGGGGCUGCCUUUACGCCGCAGGCGCCUGCGGGCCCGCCCAUCGAGUAUGCACCUCAGGCAGCGCCCGGGCAGCCCCCGGCCAGCCCGAGUGGACCGGGCGGACCUGGUGGGGGUGGCCGUGAGAAAGCCUUGCCUGCGCCAGAGCCGACGGAGGAAGACAUGAAAGCCAUGGUAGCUGCCCGGCAGCUGAACAACGGCAUCCCUCGCGCCGGGCCUUUGCCGUUGCAGUGGAGCAGUAGCUCCCCGUCCGGGGCCCACGAGGAAAAAAUAGGCGACACGACACGCAGAAAAACAGACACCAUGGAGUGCUAGAAAGUCCUAUACCGAGUCUGCUGUUUUACUUCCUUCGGUUGUUUGGUGCGCGAAGAAGCAGCGUGAAAGGAACGUUCCACACGUUGGUCCGUUGAGUUGAGCAGGAGCUGACUCACACGUUGCCCGUUUGUCCGUAGGUUCACAGUUUACCAUAUAUAUCGCACCAGCAAGCACCCUUUGACUGGCAAAGGAGUUCUGGAAAUACAUUGAGCAUCCGGGAAACGGGGGACAUAUGAGCUUGGCUUGACUUGGGAUAUCGCUAGGGUUGUCCUUUUAUCCAUCAAUCAUCCUUCCCUUAGAUAUAUCAGUUGCAUUCCGAUGAUUCUAGUUGAAACUGUUGAAGCAUUGGAUUUUUCAAGACAAGACCUGUUGACAUUUGUUGACCAGGCGCGACGUGCGUGUGAGGGGCUCCUGGGAUGGCUGGAAGCGAGACCUUGCGCUGGAGUGGGGGACGCUGAACAAACCGAGAGUGGGUCGCUCAUCAGGUUGUCGGGCCGUCCGGACCUGGUUGGACGUCCGGGUCUGGGUUCGGUGGUGAGGCCGCGGUAGGGUAGCCCCCUAUAGCCCCAACCCUCGGUCAACAAAAUCCCCUAUAUGGAUCUAUACGUGGGAGUUCUGGAUGCAGAUUUGGUAAGGUACCCUCCCAGACUCCCUGAUACAAUCCAUGGAAGUGGAUGGCACAGCCUGCUCGUACAAGAAAGCAGUCCUCUAGGCUCGGGGCCAUGUUCCACGUAACCAUCUUUGUUGGAUGGAGGGCAACAAGAUGUAAGAAGUUGCAAGGUGGAUGGCACACGAUAGCCGGUGUGUUUUGACCUUUUUCCGCAAUACUUUCUGCCAUGUAUUUUUUGGUCUUAAGGGGCUUCGUUGUAUGUGGGGCCUGCAGGAGACACCACCUCUAGGACUCUAGGCCAAUUUGCAGGUUAGGUUGAGCAACCCUAUAUGGGCCUAUCCCAUAUUACACGUGGUCAUCCCGGAACUGCAGGGCAGUUGGCUCCGGGAUCGUGCAGAUCCGGUCAAUUCAUUCGCUGCCUCACAAAGGCCCUGCCCUGGCGUUGGUUUUAGAGUGAUGCUGGUGCUGCCAGCAGGAGAGUACGAGUUCAAGUUCAUCGUGGACGGCACUUGGACCACCUCUGAUGAGAUGGAACAGACCAAGUGUGCCAACAGGAACAACGUGGCCACCGUGAACGAGAUGGUCCUCGUGCCAGUACCGCUGACGAAGGCGGAUGCCAAGGCCGAGGAGAACAACACGUUGGCGCUGGAGGGAGGCAAUUUGGCGAUCGAAGCUGGCUCCUUCCUGUAGGGCCUCCCGUGGCCGCUGGCAGGGAGUUCCCAGCUCGUGCGCUUUCGUGGGUGGACUGCUUUCAUUUUCUGACCGGUGCCGGGCAGCCUUUUUUCCAACUCUGCGCGGCUGCCAGGUUGAGAGACCCAGUGAACACUUCGAGUUGUUCUUUAGUCCGUUAAGACACUGUGAAGAUCUGUGAAGAGAGUG